UGUUCCUUUGCGCAGUAACUUCUGUUUUAAAUAAGAACCUUACUUUUAAAUAAUAAAAAAAGAGACGUGAUGAAGUUGUAAAGAUUUAGAAGUACCCGUCGGAAUAGUCAUCCGUGGCGAAUGUGAAGGCUCCCAAUCCCGAGACACGCGAGGCCAACGAUGGCAGCGGCGGCGGCAGCAGCAGCGAUGGCGGCUCCGGUCAGCAUGGAAGUCGACACUGGCACCCCGGGGGUGAGCGUGAUGGCAGUUGCUGCGGUUACGGGCAGCGUCUCCGUGUCGCUCCACCCCCUCGUCAUCCUCAACAUCUCCGAGCACUGGACCCGACUACGAGCCCAGGAGGGGCGGCCUAUGCAAGUCGUGGGAGCGCUGAUCGGGAAGCAGGAGGGGAGAAACAUCGAGGUCAUGAACUCGUUCGAGCUCCUCUUCACCGAGACGGAUGGACGCACGGACAUCGACAAGGAGUACUACUACACCAAGGAGGAACAGUUCAAGCAGGUGUUCAAGGACCUGGACUUCUUGGGCUGGUACACGACGGGGGAGACACCCAACCCCUCCGACAUUUACAUCCACAAGCAGAUUUGUGAAAUAAACGAAAGCCCGAUAUUCCUGAAGCUCAACCCUCAAACCAAACACACGGACUUGCCGGUCAGUGUCUAUGAGUCGGUGAUUGACCUCGUGAAUGGAGAGGCGACGAUGCUGCUGGUGGAGCUGCCGUACACACUCGCCACCGAGGAGGCCGAGAGGAUCGGGGUCGACCACGUCGCGCGCAUGAGCAGCACCGACUCGGGGGACGGCUCCACGGUGGCUGAGCACCUGCUGGCACAGCACAGCGCCAUCAAGAUGCUGCACAACCGAGUCAGAGUCAUCCUCCAGCACAUGCGCGCCAUUCAAGCCGGUGAGCUCCCAGUAGUACACGAGAUUCUGCGCGAUGCAGAAACAGCCUGUGCCACCGCCUGCCCCGUCAUCAGCACCACCUCCUUCCAGGAGGACUUCUUCGACCAAUGCAACGACGUGGCACUCAUGGCGUACCUUGGAGCCGUGACCCGCAGCUGCAACACAGGAAACCUCUUCGUGAACAAGUUCAACACCCUGUACGACCGGCAGGGUGUGGGACGGCGCAUGCGGGGGCUGUUCUUCUGAGAACGCGGGAGGCGCGCACACACCGCAUAAACCACACACACCGCAUACACACCGCACACACACACACACCGCAUAAACCACACACACCGCAUACACACCGCAUACACACACAC